CACCACGUGACUAACGCGUCCACAUCCGGUGUUCUCAUUAUCCACGUGCUCGUCUUCUACGCCACAACGAGUCAUAAGUCUCCUCAAAAUGUCUCAAGCGGUGCCGAUUCUAAUCGCUCUGUUCACUCUCUGCAGCUCACUAACCCACGUUCCUCUCUAUCGCAUGAAAUCUCCACGCCGCACUCUCGCGGAUAUGAAAGAUUUCGAGGCUUUUUUGCGUGCUCGCUAUGGCGCACGUGACGAGAGCGUGAAUGCAAGCAAACAUGGAAACGACGACCUGCUGCUUCACAACUAUGAUGAUAUACAAUACUAUGGUCCCAUUAGUAUUGGAACUCCACCACAGUCAUUUCAGGUUGUGUUUGACACAGGAUCAUCCAACCUGUGGGUUCCAUCGUCGACUUGUAAAUCCAGUGAUAUUGCUUGCCAGCUUCAUAACAAAUAUGAUCACAGCAAGUCAAGUACGUACAAGAAAAAUGGAACCGAGUUUGGAAUUAAAUACGGGAGUGGCAGCAUGACUGGAUUUCUUAGUACUGACAGUGUGAAGAUUGGGAAUGUGACGGUCAACGGUUGCACUUUUGCUGAGGCAACUCAAGAACCCGGAGAGUCAUUUGUAGUAGCAAAGUUUGAUGGAAUUCUUGGACUGGCGUUUGUCACGAUUGCAGUCGAUCACGUUUUACCACCUUUUUAUGAAAUGGUCAGACAGAAGCUCAUUGGAAAAGGUGUAUUCGCUUUCUAUCUUGACAAUAAUCCGAAUGGCAAGUUGGGUGGGGAGCUGGAUCUGGGAGGAGAAGACCCAAGGCACUAUACUGGAAACAUCACGUAUGCGAAUGUUACAAAGGAGGGAUAUUGGCAGUUUACACUUGACAAGAUUGCUGUUGGUGGAAAAGGAGAAUUCUGUGGUAGCAGCUGCCAAGCUAUUGCUGACACUGGGACGUCUCUUAUUGUUGGUCCGACAUCACAGAUCAACGUUUUGCAACAGUACAUAGGAGCCGAGAAUAUUGGCGGACAAUAUACUGUUGACUGCAAUGCUAUUGACUCUCUGCCAAACGUCACGUUUACUAUUGCAGGCAGGGGAUUUAGUCUCACUGGCAAACAGUAUAUACUGAAGAUAAAAUCAAAGGAUGCUACUCUGUGUCUAAGUGGAUUCCAAGGAAUGGAUCUUCCAGCAGGAGAACUGUGGAUUUUGGGUGAUGUCUUCAUUAGCCAGUACUACACGAUAUUUGAUCUUGACAACAAGAGAGUCGGAUUUGCCGACUCAAAGUGAACUCUAGAUGUAAUGAAUAGAAAUUUGUGCAUCCAGAUUAGUAUGUGUUAGUGUGAGUGAGUGGCUGUCGUGUGCUAUUUGUUGGGUAUGUAUCUCAGUGAGGUUAUCAUGUUCAAUACAUGGAUGUAUACUACAAAUAAUCAGAAACAGAAUUGUGUAUCA